AUGGCCAGUGCUCUGCCCAGGCGCGGCACAUUUCCGCAUUCAACUUCCCCACAACGUACUCAAUCGUCGACUUCACCCAAGAAUCGUCAGUCGACCGGUCAAGUUGGCGUCACUGCAACCCUCGCCGAGCUCUCCGGAAAGGUUAACCUCAACUCGAGGGCAUGGGCGAAAUACUCGAAUAGGACCCAUAGCGUCCAUACCUCUGAUGCUCUACCUUCGGGGUCCCAGGACGAUAUCACUGGUCAGGCUCUAUUUCUACGAUCUCGAUUUCCGGCAAUAUACACGACUUUGGAGCUCUUGACUCGCUCUGAGGGUCGCAAUGAUUUUGACUCUUUUCGCGGGGUCGCAUCCGCCUUCUACACUAUCUACAUCAACACGUUCGAGGAGCUCAAAAGAUUCUCCCAGGAAGUCCCGAAAUCCCAAGAGCUUUUAGACUGCUUGGAAUCGGGCGCGAGUAUUGGGAGGCUUUUCAAAGCAUCGAUUGAGAUUCUCGAGGAACAAGGUCGAUCUAUCUCGAAUCCCUUCGAUGCUUUAUCACAGCAAGCACACUUCUGUGUGAAGAGGCUCGAGAUCAUCUACAGAAAGCUUCAGCUCACCCCCGACUACGACAUAAACAAGGACCUACCCGGUCUACCCUCGCAGGGAACCGUGCAAGGUUCGAGGCCAACGCUGCGACCCAAUGUCGCUCGCACCAUGCAGCCGUCUGUUCAGGCGCCCGUUUCCAAAUCACUCCCCACCAGACACACGCGACAAUCAUCCACGGAAACCAACACCUCUGCGCGAACUCAUCCAGCUCAGAGCUCCAGGGAUUCCUCGUCGACUUUCGUCGCGUCAUCUCUGGGCCACUCCCGUUCGCCAUCUACGGACACCAGGGCUUCGUCGACCUCCAGCCUUCGUCGGGGCAUGCUUGGAGUGCAGCCUACAGCAUCUUCUUCGAAGCUCAGACUUGCGGCCGGGAAAGCUGUAGACGCAAUGUCCAAAUUGAGAAGUAGGAAUCAAUCGACGGCUACUCUUUCCGAGACCAUGGCUGGUCCGGAAAUACCUCAUUACCUCGCCAAUAUUGAAGACGUCGAGGACAUGGACGACCUUUGUUAUCGUAACCGCCGAUCCUAUUCUAGGGACUCUACCCUCUCCAUCGACGAAGAAGUCCUCCGGACAUUCGAAACCGCUCAACGACCGACUUCAGUGGCCUACGACCCUGCAGGAAAACCACACGCCGCCAGUAUCCAUUCUCUUAUCACGAUCCUCACCACGCGACAGAAAGACCUUACCAUCUAUCUCCAAACCCUCAGCACCCUUUUUUCGUCCUUCCGGCUGUUCACGACCCCGCGACAACUGUUCGAGGUUUUGAUUAACCGCUUCGAAGAGACAGGCCCUGACGUCGUGGACAAGCAGCAAGCGUUCCUAUGGGUCGCCGAAACGCGUCGAAUUCGCAACCGAGUCGUCAAGAUUUUCACCUAUUGGCUGGAUCAACAUUACGACUCGGUCCACGAUACGGAUAUCGUCGAAGAGAUUUCCCAUUACUUCGAGGCCCCCAUUAUGACGGAACUGGUUCAUUCAGAUGUCCUUGCCGAGCUUAUCAAGAAGAUUCGUGCAAUCGAGGCCCCAACACCAAACCCGACACCCACACAAGCUACCUUCCAGCCGAAGAGGAGGGUUCUGCGAACAUUCGCCCCCCGGAAGACUAUUUUGCCCAACGAAGAGUUCUUUGUACAGAUCAUGACUUACAACCACCCGCGGGCCCGGAAGGAGUUUGCACAGCAACUCACAAUCGCCAUGUCCGACAUGUACAGCCGUAUCACUGCUCUUGGUAUGUUGAAGUUUCUCUUGCUGAAGCCAGAGGAGAGGCGCGCUAUGGAGGCGAGUAGGGAAUGUCAAAGCAAGGAAAUACGUGACAUUCUCGCCGUCCAGGACAUGGAAGAUGGCCUGAGCAUGUGGGUCACGUAUACCAUCGUGAAGCAACAAGAGCGGCAACAACGUGUCGACCUGAUUGUAUUUUUCCUCGAUGUUGCAAUGUACCUAUUAAACCAUCGCGACUUUAGCAGUUGCUAUUGCAUCUACAGUGGCGUGGCCCAUUCAGCCAUUGAGCAAAUGAAGGAGACUGUGGUGUGCGUCCCUAAGGACAGCAAAGCACAAUACCACAAGUUGAAGGAUUUCUUUCGGCAAGAAGACAACUACUCCCAUGUUCGCCAGGCGAUGAAAAUCGUCGGAACCCCAAUGGUCCCUCUUCUAGGCGACCCCCCUCAAACACGACAAGGGACCAACGAGGAUAAGGAACUGAUCAACCUUCGGUACUAUGGCGUGCUCACCAAAGAGGCGGAUAGUCUCAAGCGACAGCCCCCUUACAAGUUCCAACCUGACGAGACCUUCCAGGUGUGGCUGUUUAGCCACCUUCGUCGGUUCCUUGACGCCAACGAACGUCUGCCAUUCCACGUACAAUUCAAAUUCCAUGCCCGAGGGAGAAAGCGCGAGGCCAAGAAUCCUGAUCUGGCCUUUGUAUCGGCCGACCAGCUAACCCCGUGGCAUUUUGUUCCCAAGAGCAAGGGUAAACCUGAGUUCAAUCAAAAAGGACUCGCUUUACUCGAUGCGAAGGAACUGUCUGUGUCUGCAACCAUUCUUCAGCGUUCCCUCUCCGACCUGUACUCGUUCUCCAAGUUGACCAGGAAAACGAAGAAGUCUUGA